AUGCUACAUAUGCUGCUUGCUGUCGUCGCCGUGGGGGCUGUCCGCGACUCGGACAUGCAGCUGGACAGCAGCGGAUCGGACAACUACUGGAAGCACCACCACCAUCAUCAUCACCACCAUCACCACAAUCACCAGGAGAAGCGUGACGCGUGGGAUGAAGACAAAGGUACUGACCAAACAGACCUCUCCCCGCCGGCUUUGAUGCAACCAGCUUAUCCCAGACGCGACCCGUUUCCGGUGGGAAGCUUGCUGAAUGCCCACACAGUCCAGAAGCAGCACCGAGCUCGCCAGCAGAAAGCAGAGGUGGCAACCGGCGACGAAGCAUGUCAGGAGGAGGUGGACGUCCACCAGCCACAGCACCUGCUCGAAGCUUUGAGGCGAUGUUUGGAAGCAAGGAAAGAGUUGUCCGUCAAGACGCAGGAGCUGCUGAAGGAAGAGAAGGAGGGCGGCAAGGAAUAUGCCACAGAGGUCACUGACAUCAUGAACCUCAUAAAAAAGGUGCAGGAUGCGGACAGGAUGGAUCUUCCAUGGAAGCAAGAUCACACGCAGGUUCUGCAGCAGCUUCUGGAGCAGACGGGUGAAGCAGAGAAAGAAGCAGAGGCCGUGUGGCAAGACCACCCUACAGGAUCCCAUGCGACCACGGCUUAA